AUGAACUACCCCCUGACCCUGGACAUGGACCUCAUAAACUACAACCUGGAGGACCUGUACAAGGAGUUUGCCAACUACAAUGACAGCACAGAGACCCCCCUACCGGAAAGUCACUUCUGCUCCACAGAAGAGGGGCCCCUACUGACCUCCUUCAAGGCUGUGUUCAUGCCUGUGGCCUACAGCCUCAUUUUCCUCCUGGGCAUGAUGGGCAACAUCCUGGUGCUGGUGAUCCUCGAGCGGCACCGUCAGACGCGCAGCUCCACGGAGACCUUCCUGUUCCACCUGGCUGUGGCUGACCUCCUGCUAGUCUUCAUCCUGCCCUUUGCUAUAGCCGAAGGCUUUGUGGGCUGGGUCCUGGGGACCUCCCUCUGCAAAAUUGUGAUUGCUCUGCACAAGAUCAACUUCUACUGCAGCAGCCUGCUCCUAGCCUGCAUCGCCGUGGACCGUUACCUGGCCAUUGUUCAUGCCGUCCACGCCUACCGUCACCGCCGCCUCCUCUCCAUCCAUAUCACCUGCGCAACCAUCUGGCUGGCGGGCUUCCUCUUCGCUUUGCCAGAGAUGCUUUUUGCCAAGGUCAGCCAACCCCACAGCAAUGACUCCCUACCACGUUGCACCUUCUCCCAGGAGAACCAAGCUGAGACCAAUGCCUGGUUCACCUCCCGCUUCCUCUACCAUGUUGGGGGCUUUCUGCUGCCAAUGCUGGUGAUGGGCUGGUGCUACGUGGGGGUGGUGCACAGACUGUGCCAAGCCCAGAGGCGCCCUCAGCGACAGAAAGCAGUCAGGGUGGCCAUCUUAGUGACAAGCAUCUUCUUUCUCUGCUGGUCACCCUACCACAUUGUCAUCUUCCUGGACACCCUGGCCAGACUGAAGGCCGUGGGCAACAGCUGUGAACUGAAUGGCUCUCUCCCCGUGGCCAUCACCAUGUGUGAGUUCCUGGGCCUGGCCCACUGCUGCCUCAACCCCAUGCUCUACACCUUCGCUGGCGUGAAGUUCCGCAGUGACCUGUCUCGACUUCUGACCAAGCUAGGUUGUACCGGCCCUGCUUCUCUGUGCCAGCUCUUCCCUAGCUGGCGCAAGAGCAGUCUGUCUGAGUCAGAGAAUGCCACCUCCCUCACCACCUUCUAGGUCCUAGCACCCCACCCUUUGUUUCUGCUUUCUUUGGGGCAAGCAGUGGUGGUAGAGCCCCUUCCAACAGGAGCUGGGGUCCUAAGUGUUACCCUGACUACCUCCUGGCAGGGGGGUCAGCUUCUCUCUAGGACAUCCCCACAGCUCUUUUGCCAGCCCUGAGGCUAGGCUGGAGUCCAAGGAGGGGAAAGCAGACAAAAGGCAAAGCAAAGGAUAUCUGGACCCAUCUGCAUCACCCUGGGCUGAGAGAACUCCACACACCUCCCACUCUAGCCAGCCCAGGCCUGGCCAUUGGGAAAGUCAGUCCCCUUCCGGAAUACACUCAUCCUCUUAAGGGUCGCUGACUGCCACAGAUACUCACCUCUCCUCCUAUACCCCUGCCAAAUGAAGCCAGGAGAAGCUGGCACUGGGGGAUGAGCACAGAUUAAAGCUGAGGAACGGCCAGCUAGCAACAGAGUGUGGCCUUAACGUGUCUUAGUUCCUUAAAUACAGACAUUCUGCCAGGCCAACCCUGCAGCUGUCUUGACCAAGAAGGAAGCUUGGACUGAUCUACUUUAGGUAGCUGCCUUGACUGUGACCAAAACAGCACUGGAUCAGCCCCGUGCCAAGGGGUCCUGGAUUACAGAUGGAAGACAGACUCCAAAUGCUCCUGGAGGCCAGCCAGUGUCCUAAGGAACAGCAGAAGGCAGGCCAGCAGAAGAGGAGUGGAGGAAUGGAAAAAACUGCUACCCCAGCCCCCACAGAGGGACAAUCAAUCAAAUCCAGCUGUCUUCUCUGCCCAGGGAGCAGAUGGAGGUGGGUGGAAAGCUCCCAGGUUGGGCCAGGGGAGGCAGGAUCCAGGGCCCUGGUGGGCUCCGGGCAUCGAUGGAAGGAGGCAGACUCAUUCUUUCCCUGGCACCCUUCUACAAUCUAUGGGGCCAUGGAAACUGGAACAACAGAGGGUCCUGGUCACAGCAGACUGAACCUUAGCCAAGAGUCAGAAUGGAGACAGAGACCCCCUGGAAAGGUCCUCUGGAAGUCAUCUCAUCCAGUUCCCCACUCUAUGGUGUCCACUUAGGCAGGGCAACGUGAGAAGCAGACCUGGGCAGGGAAGUCCCCAGACCCCAGGAAGCCAGGCCCAGCCCCUCAGAGGAUACUACUCAGAUGGAACCAGACAAAGCUGCUCCUCGCGCACUCAGGGAAGGCCUGUCGGGACAAUCUGGGCUCUCCCUCUCAGCCUCCGGUCUGGGGUGGGGCAUCAGGAGUCUCUGCAUCACCCCGUUCCACUGGAGUCAGGCCGGCCCCUGGAGGCCUCCACUGGAAAUCAGCACUGCGGCCUGGGGGGCUGUGCCCUUGCCACAGAAUGAAGGUGAAACCCUGGCAUCCCCCCUCUUCUCCCAGCAUCCAAGAGCAAGCUGGGCAGUGGAGGAGCCAGACACAGAAGCAAAAAGGCAAAAGGUUGGAUUCUGAAUUUUCUCUUUUUAAUAAAAAGGCACCUAUAAAACAGGUCAAUACAGUACAGGCAGCACAGAGACCCCCAGAACAAGCCUAAAAAUUGUUUCAAAAUAAAAACC